AUGGCCAGCUUUGACACAGAGGUCGAAGGUGACUUGGAGAAAUCCACUCUCGGAUCUACCGAUCAAUGCAAUGUGUCCUAUGUUUGUCCUUCUUUCCAUAGUGGAUUCAGCAUCGAGACAGCGCUACGGGCAUAUAACCUCACUGCUGGCCUGAAUGCUGCUGCUGGAAGUGAGGAUGCUUACUUGCAAUGUCUCGCAUCCGCUAGGGCGAAGAAGGUCCAAGAUGCGUUCGAUGCGGAUUGGGCGAUUCGCUAG